CGGACGUACUGGACAUGGCCUGGCUACCGAGCAGCUCGAACGGAUCGGACAAUGCGGAUGAACGGAGCACAGCAUCCAGUGCCAGCGCCAGCUCAGCCGCCGGCAGCAGUGGGCGGCGGGAGGAGGCCAACGGCUCGCCAAGGCCAGCAGCGGCAACUGCGGGGACACCACGCCAGCCGCCGGCACUGCUGCGGCAUGCCACGCCCUAUCUGCAGCCCAAGACGGAAUCCAUUUCGGAUGGCGAUGGUGACCUGUCGGACUUCUCGCUGAACGACACCGAGGAGGAUGAGGAGGAUCUGCGCGACUAUAUCGUGCUCAACGGCAAUCAGGCGGAUGGCUGUCGCUCUUUGUCCAACUCCCCGCGCAGCGGCAGUGGCUGCGGCAAUCCAUUCACCAGCUCCCACACCUCGCCCUGCCGCAACGGACAGCUGACGGGCACCACGAAUGGCAAUGGCAUUGGCAAUGGCAACGGCAACGGCAGGGACUCUGCAGGGACUGUCGGUGGCGGUGGCGUCCGUAAGGUGUUCACCAACACCCGCGAGCGCUGGCGCCAGCAAAACGUGUCCGGGGCCUUUGCGGAGCUCCGCAAACUGGUGCCCACACAUCCGCCGGACAAGAAACUGUCCAAGAACGAGAUUCUGCGCUCGGCCAUAAAGUACAUCAAGCUGCUGACCGGCAUCCUCGAGUGGCAGCAGCGCCACGACGGGCACGGCCACGGCCACGAGCAGAACAACAACGACAAUCACAUGGCCAAUGGCCACGCACCCACAGCGGAGCACGUAGGAGAGGCAGCGGCAGCGGCAGCGGCGGCGGCGGCUACUCUGUCCGCUUUCCGGCACAUCAAGUGCGAGCGCCUGGACGGACAGCAGCGCAAUGACAAUGGCAACGGCACUGGCAAUGAUCUGCUCAUGAUUGCCCCCGAAGCAAUCAUCAAAACUGAGCUGCAGCAGCAGCAGGCCACCAGCUACUCGGAGCCACCAGCAACGCAUCCAUCCGAGACCCGAGUUCCGGCCACAGUGAAGCCGACGGCAAGCGCCUCGUCCGGCGUCAGGAGUAGCAAGCGGCGAAUCAAGCUGGAGGGCGGCCUGGGCCUGCCCACCGACCUGAGUGUGGUCAAGCGACGCAGGACAUGAGGCUGAGAGGCAGCGAGAGGCAGUGGCAACCAUCAGAUAAA